AUGGACUACAGCGCAAUCUCCAGCGACGACAACCCGGCCGGCGCAUCGCCAUGGGGUAACUCCCCCGGCUCGUCGCCCAACCCCAACCAGUCGACCUUUGGCUCCAUCGCCGGCGACAUCGGUGGCGAGCAGCCCGGCUCCCCCUUUCGCUACGGCUCGACUCCCGGAAACGGCCUGCAUCAGGAGCAGGAGGGCUUCGGCAGCGGCGAGUUCAGGAGACCCGACACCGCGAGCACCACUGCCGAGUCCGCGACCGAAGUGGAAACACAAGAGUCCCGAACCGAGGUCGCUUCAGAGGCCCGGACAAGCGGCGAGACGGGCCCGGAGACGCCGCAGAAGUCGCAAGAACAAGGAGGCGGCGCGCAGGGCCAGGCCCGCCAGGAGCAGCAGAACCGCAAGCCCCAGCAGCCUCAGUUCAGGCUCCAGGCCAAGAUCACGGGCCUGGAGAGGACCGGGAAGAAGGACCCCAUCCUGCGGUUCGACGUUCACACCAACCUUCCGAGAUUCCGUACCACGCAAUACCGCGACGUCCGCCGUUUCCAUUCCGAAUUCGUCAAGCUCGCCGAACAUCUGAUCUCCGCGAACCCCGAAUGCUUGGUACCUACCGUGCCUCCCGCGGUAACAUCAGCCGGCGCAGGAACGGACGAGGACGAAGCGCGCGUAAAGGCUCUGCUCCAGCGAUGGUUCAACUAUGUGUGCAGCAACGAAGUUCUUAUGAGGGACGACGAGAUGGUGCUCUUCGUUGAGAGCGAUUUCGGCUAUAGCCCCAUGCACAAGAUGAAGCAGCCGGCGACCGGUGUGCGCAGAAAGAUCCUGAAGCAAUUCGCUCCUCCCCCCGAUGACACGCCGGAGCUCCAGGAGGCUCGCCCAAUUGUCAAGCUGUUCUACCUGGGAACUAUGGAUGCGGGACACAAGGUCGAUAAGUUGGUCAAGUCUCGUCGCGGUCUCGGAUUGGCUGAGUCCGACUUCGGUGUCAAGCUUGGGUCGAUGCACAUCCAAGAGCCCCAUCAAGGUCUCGCCAACGCCUACCGGAAACUUGGCAAGAUCGUACAGACCGUCGGCGACUACCACGCCGCACAAGCCACUGCAGAAGCCACGACGAUCGGCGACCCCUUCCAGUAUCACUCGCAGGACGCCUUCGUCGUCAAGGAAACUCUGACCAACCGUCAAAUCCUCAUUCGCGAGUUCCUCCAGGCCCAGGAGAACACGCGCAGCAAGCUCAACGCCGCCGAUCGCCUCAAGGCGAGCUCCAACGUCCGGCGCGAGAAGGUCGAUGAGGCCAUCACCGCCCUCGAUGACGCUCGCCAGAACGAGACGUACCUGUACCAGAAGACGACACGCGUCACCCAAAACCUCGUACAAGAGCGCAGGAAGUGGUUCGCGAGGACCGCGGCCGACCUGCGGCUCAGCAUCAGGGAGUACGUCUUGCGCGAGAUCGAGGCGGAACGUCGUGCUCUCGCCGUGCUGGAGAGCGUGAGACCGGACAUUCGUUCCAUCGACGCAUCCGGCGGUCUGAGCCGUCUCGGACGCGAGGCUCACCCGACCGUAAGGCGGGCCAGCGUGGCGGCCAGCCAGGGCCCCAAGGGCGAUGCAUGGAGCGGCGUUCCACGACGCUCAGACCAGGCUCUUAGUCGCAGCGUGUCAGGCAGUCUUAUGGCUGGUGUCCCCGAGGACGGCGAGGGCGAUGAUGGGCAGGGUGGGCAGAACAAGGGUGCCGGCGGCGCAGCGGGCGGCAUAGCGAGUUUGUCCGGUGUGGCAGAAGAAGACGACGAGGACCGGGUGGAUGCGAGAAACGCGGCGAGCCGAUUGGCGACGAGCACGUUCUGA